AUGAAAAAUAUUUUGAGUUAUUUUUACGGAUCAUCUGUAAAUUUUAUUAACUAUUUUUAGGAAAGUAAAAAUACUGAUGUUAAAGAUCCUAAGCUUGAUUAAUAAUUUGAAACAUUUAUUUUUGAAUUUACUUCUAAUGAAUAUUUCCCUCUUUAUGAAAAAUGGACAAAAGGAGAAGAACAAGAAUACAUAGGUUUUUUGUUAUUCCUAAUUUAGAUUUCAAAUUGUAAGACAUAGAAGAUAUUUAUUUAAAUAACUAUGAUUAAUAGCUGAAAUUUUAAUAAGAAGAGACAAACUUAGUAGAUUAUAUUGUAUAAGAAGAUGACACUUUAUUUGGAUUAGAAUUGAAAUUUAAUAUCAAGUAUUCAAAAUGUUAAUAAUAAAGUUAGAACAGAAUUUUAAAAAUAAAUGAUAUUUCACCAGAAUGUUUUGUUCCUGGAAUGAGAAUUAAAGUUCCUGCUGUCUAAUAAGAAUAAAGUUAACCUUUCUUUUAAGAAAAUGAAAUUAAUGAUUUAUAAUUCAAUUAAUCAUCAUUUUAUGGAAGAAACUUAAUGGAUGAAAUAAUGUCUAGAGGUUAAACAAAAAAAUGUAUAUUCCAUUUAAAAUUUAUAGUUAAUGUUUAUUAUGUGACUAAUUAUGGUUGUAUAGAAGGAGUUUUAACAGUGAAUAGUGAUGUCAUAUUAUUUGAUCCUAGUUUUGUUGAUAGAAAUAAAGAAUUAGUUUAAAAAUGUCAUAGUAAAAAUAUUAAUUAAUAUACUAGAAUAAAGUAUUCUCAAUUUUUAAGCUUGUCUUAUGACUGAAGAUGUAAUAUCAGUUGAUUUAAAUGAAUUACCUAUGAGAAUAGCAAAAUCUACUUCAAAAUGUUUCAAAGAUUAUUUAGUAAUGGUACAUAUAAGUGCAAAUGUUUCUUGUAAAAAAUUACUUGAAAUUUUGCCUAUUCUAACUUUUAGAGUAUAUGUGUUUUCAUAAUAAUAUCUAGAUUUAAAAUGAUGAUGAUCAAAAAGAAUUCAAAAUUUAAAGUAUAGAUUUAUGUGAAACUUUGGCUGAUGUAGUUAAAACAAAAUCAGAACGAAUGUUAGAUGAAUAGAAAAAGAAGGAAUAAGAUUUAACUAUUAUUCCUUUUUAUGAUGUUUAAGAUGAUACUUUAAUUGAAAAAUUUAUAUAAAGAACUAAUUAACUUUGGGGCGGAUAGGAUUUUAUUCCAUAAAUGGUUUCAGAAUCUUAAAUUUUAGAUAAUGAUGAAAUGAUAUAAGUAAUUAUAUUUUAAUUUAGAUAAUUGCUAAUGUUCCAUCUAUUUUUAAAACAUCUAAUUGGAAAUUAAUAUUUUCAAAUGUUAUACACGGUUCAUCUUUCUUGACAUUGCUUAAUAAUUGUGAAAACCAUUCUCCAUUAAUUUUAGCAAUUAAAGAUUUUAAUGACUGUAAAUUUGGAGCAUAUUUAAAUGAAACUCCAUAAUUAACAUUUGGUAAAUUCUUUGGAAAUGGAGAAACAUUUCUUUGGACUUUUAAAGUAUUUUUCAUAUCAAUUAAAUAUCUUAGGAAAAUGAUUUCAAAACUUAUAAUUGGGCUGAAACAAAUAAUUAUUUUAUAUUUUGUGAAUCAGAUGGUUUGGCUAUUGGAUGUGGAGAAAAAUUUGGUUUAUAUGUGAAUAAUUCUUUGAUGCAUGGAAACACAAAUUAAUGUGAAACCUACAAAAACGAAAUCUUAUCAAUCUCUAAUGAUUUUAGUAUAUAAAUACUUGAAAUCUGGGGAUUAAGUGAAUGA